AUGGGAUUGUUUCAUGAUGCAGGUCUUCUUCUUCUUCUUCUUCUUCUUCUUCUUCUUCUUUUUUCAGAUGCCUCAGUUAGUACAUCAUCAUCUGUUGCAGUUGCACCAGUAAUUAAUUAUAACUCAUCAAUAGCAAAGCCGGGUUGCACCGAUCGAUGUGGGAAUGUGAACAUCCCAUUUCCUUUCGGCACAACAGAGGACUGUUACCACAGCUAUAGUUUCUUCAUCACUUGCAACCAAACUUCCCUUCCCCCAAAACCAUACUUGCAGAACUCCACCAUUGAAAUUACUAAUAUUACACUCGAUGGCCAGCUCACAGUCUUGCAGUUCAUAGCACACGACUGCUACUAUCCAAAUCAUACUAGAUCUUCAACCAACGAUCCUUCUAUAUACCUCCCCAUUUCCCUUACAGUUAACAACACAGCCAAUAAGUUCACUAUCGUCGGCUGCGACACUUAUGGUUUCGUCUCCGGCCGCCGACUUAACCGGAAUUACCAGACCGGGUGCACUGCCAUGUGCUAUGCCAAAGAUGAUCUGAUCCAAGGUGCCUGCACAGGGUUAGGCUGCUGCCAGACAUCUAUUCCUAAACAAGUUUGGAGAGUGGAGUUAGCUUUGAAGAGCUACAACAAUUACAGUGAGGUUUCGGAUUUCAAUAAUUGCAGCUACGGUUUUCUAGUGGAGGAGACUGCUUUCACCUUUUCUCCGGAGAAUCUGACCAACUUGAAGAGUGUAGUAAGUCUUCCCAUGGUGGUUGAUUGGGCCAUUGGAAAUGGGACUUGUGAGGAUGCCCAGAUGAAUUCUUCUACCUAUGCUUGCAAAAGUGUGAAUUCCAAUUGUUACAAGCCCGACAAUGGUUACGGGUAUCGUUGUUUUUGCCAUGACGGUUAUCAUGGAAAUCCCUACCUAUUUGAUGGUUGUAAAGAUAUAGACGAAUGCGGAAAUUCGUAUCUCAACACCUGCGAAAAGGGAUGUAUGAACACACUAGGUGGUUUUAAAUGUGUUUGCCCUAAAGGGUACCGUGGAGAUGGGAUAAAAGGGGCACAAGGUUGUAUUCGUGGCGAAUCACUUUUAUUUAAGCUUGUAUCAGGAAUUGCUUUAGGAGUGAUAGUUGUGAUAUUGGGUGCUUGUUGGUUGCACUUGGAACUGAAGAGAAGAAGGCUGAUUAAGAUGAAACAAAAGUUCUUUCUCCAAAAUGGAGGCAUGCUCCUGCAAGAAAAACUCGCUUCUACAAGAAAUAUUGGAUCAUCAUCAUCAUCUGAUCAUACUGCAAGAAUAUUCAGCGAAUCGGAGCUGGAAAAGGCCACCAACAACUUCCACACCAGUAUGAUCGUCGGUCAAGGAGGCUACGGCACUGUAUACAAAGGCUUCUUAUCAAACAACAGAGUAGUCGCCAUCAAAAAGUCGAAACAAGUUGAUCCAAACCAAAUCGAGCAAUUCAUCAAUGAAAUGACAGUUCUAUCCCAAAUCAACCACAGGAAUGUAGUGAAACUCAUAGGCUGCUGUCUGGAGACACAAGUACCUCUGCUGGUGUACGAGUUCAUAAGCAACGGCACAUUGUUCGAACACGUGCACAACAAGGCGAAAGCCCGUGGUCUUUCUUGGGACGUGCGUUUGAGAAUAGCUGCAGAAACUGCGGGGGUGCUUGCGUAUCUACACUCGUCUGCGUCAACUCCAAUCAUACACAGAGAUGUGAAGUCGGCUAAUAUUCUAUUAGACCAUAAGUUGACAGCAAAAGUGUCGGAUUUUGGAGCAUCGAGAUUGGUACCUUUGGAUGAAAAGCAACUAUCUACAAUGGUGCAGGGGACAUUUGGAUAUUUGGAUCCAGAGUACAUGCAAACGAAUCAACUGACGGAGAAGAGCGAUGUGUACAGCUUUGGAGUAGUGCUUGUGGAGCUGCUAACAGGAAAGAAGGCGUUGAGCUAUGAUAGGGCUGAGGAGGAUAGAAGUUUAGCGAAUUAUUUCCUAUCUGUGAUGAAAGGGCAGAAGAAAGAGAGUUUGUUUGAAAUUAUUGUUGUGGGGAGAGAUGUAGAUGAGGGAAAUGCGAUGAGAGUAGGAGUGCUUGCGAAAAGGUGUUUGAAUGUUAGAGGAGAAGAUAGGCCGACGAUGAAACAAGUGGCAAUGGAGCUUGAGGGAAUAUUAUCAUUUAACAUCAUCAGUACAACAGUCAUCGGUAAAUAAUGAUGGAGAUGAUCAAGGAUGGUGUGGUUAAUGGUGGUGCUGAUCAGGGA